CCGCACAUGCUGACACAUGCGUUUGAAGUCAAUCAAAGGAAGCUGCCACAAUUUUUGUACUGCUGCUUUUAAAGAUGUCACUUAUAAGGAGCUUAAAAACCUCUUGAAUUCCAAAAAAAUUAUGUUAAUUGAUGUCAGAGAGAGAUGGGAAAUUCUCGUGUAUGGAAAAAUCCCUGGGUCUAUCAAUAUACCAUUGGAUGAGGUAGGUGAAGCUCUACAGAUGAAUGCGGAAGACUUCAAACAGAGAUACAAAGAAGUACAGCCAUCCAAAUCUGACAGUGUAGUGUUUUCUUGUUUAGCUGGAGUGAGAAGCAAGAAUGCUCUGUACACAGCAUUAUCUCUGGGAUUUCACAGUGCCCAACACUAUGCUGGAGGAUGGAAGGAAUGGGAAACCUAUGAGUUUUCAGAGAAGAAACAAGGAAAUUGAAUUUUGGAAUACAAGCUGGCUUUUUGCUUGUGUACAUGCAGCCUAGGAUGGUAGUAGAAUGAGCACAAAAUAAAAAUCUAGUCCUGCCACCACUGACUAAUGGAAAGAGAAUAAGAGAAUUUUGUACAAGUCAAUUAUUUAUUGUAUUUUUCUCUUUUAUUCCAAUUAUAAAGUGCAAAUACCACUUCCCCCUGCCUACUUCCAAAGGCUAUUGAGUAUUGAGAUAAUGUAUGUGACUUGCCAUGGAAAUACAUGGGUUGGAAUUCAAGGAAUUAAAUUUUAAAUAAUUUGGUAUAGUUCAAUAGUAUUCCAAAAGAUGAGGCUAUAUGUAUUACUUAAUUAUAAUGUAUAACUAUUACAUUAGCACAGCUUCUAUUCAUCAAAGAGGCUCUGCACUAGACUCAUGGAUUAACAAACAGACUUGACCUAAAAACACCAGGAACCUGGUAUCCAGAAAUGAAGGUGAAAUAUGAACAAUGGAAAUGCAUUUGCAGCAUCCACAGAUUGAUGGCAAUGUUAUGACCAACAGUUAGAAUUUUCUAUUUAAAAAAUUAAUAUGAUCUCUGGGGACAGAAAUCAGAACAGUGGGUGCUUCUGUAGAAGGAAGAUUCACUGGCAAAUAUAAGGAGAGAAAUUUCUAAGGUGAUGGAAAUGCUCUGCAUUUUGACUGAGGUGUUGGUACCUAGGUACAUACAAGGAUCAAAACUCAUUGAGAUGGACACUUAAAAGAAUAUCCAUGUCUUGUAGUUAUAUCUCAAAAAUUAAUGAAAAGAAAAAAAUUUAAAUGACUCCCACUAGCAAAUGAGUAUAUUCAUUUAUAAUGUUAAGUCCUACACCAGUUAGUGACUAGUACACUGGUGGUAAAACAAAUUUGUGCUUUCCUCCAUCUGUGCUUCUUCAGACCCACCUGUUUUUAGUCUAAUUUAUGAAGUGAUUCAGAUUAAGUGCUAAUGUAGUGAUUCAGGUAAUAAAAGUAUUUGGUUUAUCCUAA